GGCCUUCCGGUAAAAGCCGGAAGACCUGCUGGACAAGUUCAAAAAGAGCUAAACCCUUGGUUUUAGUCAAAUACAUCACUAUCUAUUAAAGGAAACCAGACCUGAUGUGGAAGUAGAAAUCCAAUGUGUGAAUAUACAGAAACUGCUUCAGUUGAUUCAAAAUGGGAACAACAAGUGAUGAGAUGGUAUCGGUGGAACACACCUCCUCGUCCUUCAAUCCUCUGUGUUUUGAAUGUGGUCAGCAGCACUGGACAAGAGAAAAUCACUUGUACAAUUACCAGAAUGAAGUGGAUGAUGACCUGGUCUGCCAUAUUUGCCUUCAGCCUCUAUUGCAGCCAUUAGAUACCCCCUGUGGACACACAUUCUGCUGCAAGUGCCUCAGAAACUUCUUACAAGAGAAAGAUUUCUGUCCUUUGGACAGAAAAAGACUUCACUUUAAGUUGUGUAAGAAGUCUAGUAUUCUAGUUCAUAAACUUCUGGACAAAUUAUUAGUUGCAUGUCCUUUUUCUUCAGUGUGCCAAGAUGUAAUGCAGCGCUGUGAUCUGGAGGCACAUCUUAAAAACAGAUGUCCUGGAGCUUCUCAUCAGAGAAUUGCCUUAGAGAGAAGGAAAACCAGUAAAACUCAGACAGAGAUUGAGAAUGAAAAUGGAACCACUGUAAUAGAUCUCCCAAGUACCCUAUCACCCGAAACGGACUGCUCAGGGACAGGCACAGUGCCCGCCGAACGGAACUUGACCUCUGCCUCUCUUCCUGUAUGGACUGAGGAGCCUGGCCUGGACAACCCUGCCUUCGAGGAGAGCACCAUUGCAGAUACCACACAACAGCCACCUAGUUUACCAGAAGGUGAAAUCACCACGAUUGAAAUUCACCGAUCUAAUCCUUACAUUCAGUUAGGAAUUAGCAUUGUGGGUGGCAAUGAAACACCACUGAUUAACAUCGUUAUCCAGGAAGUUUAUCGGGAUGGGAUAAUUGCCAGAGAUGGAAGGCUCCUUGCUGGAGACCAGAUUCUUCAGGUCAAUUUUAAUUCUAUUAAUUUGUAUCAUUUUGAGGGGAGGCUCAGCAGCAAUGAUCGCGUGCUCGCCAUCAAUGGGCAUGACCUGAAGCACGGAACUCCUGAGUUGGCCGCCCAGAUCAUUCAGGCUAGUGGAGAAAGGGUCAAUUUAACAAUUGCUAGACCAGGGAAACCCCCGCCUGGUAACACUAUCCGAGAAGCAGGAACUCAGAGCAGCAGCCAGCACCAUGCGCAGCCACUGUAUUACAGCAGACCCAGCUCACAUAAGGAUCUUACCCAGUGUGUUACAUGCCAAGAAAAACACAUUACUGUAAAGAAGGAACCUCAUGAGUCCCUUGGGAUGACAGUAGCUGGGGGCAGAGGAAGUAAGAGUGGUGAACUGCCCAUCUUUGUGACCAGUGUGCCACCUCAUGGCUGCCUUGCACGCGAUGGCAGAAUCAAGAGAGGUGAUGUGUUGUUGAAUAUCAAUGGCAUUGAUUUGACCAAUUUAAGUCACAGUGAGGCUGUUGCUAUGCUGAAAGCCAGUGCUGCAUCCCCUGCUGUUGCCCUUAAAGCCCUUGAGGUCCAGGUUGUUGAGGAGGCCACCCAGGCCACGGAUGAGCAGCCAAGCACUUUCAGUGAAAACGAGUAUGAUGCCAGUUGGUCCCCAUCGUGGAUCAUGUGGCUUGGGCUUCCCAGUUCCCUUCAUAGCUGCCAUGAUAUAGUUUUACGAAGAAGUUACUUGGGAAGUUGGGGCUUUAGUAUUGUUGGUGGAUAUGAAGAGAACCACACCAAUCAGCCUUUCUUCAUUAAAACCAUUGUCUUGGGAACGCCUGCUUAUUAUGAUGGAAGAUUAAAAUGUGGAGACAUGAUCGUGGCCGUGAACGGCCUGUCAACUGUGGGCAUGAGCCAUUCCGCAUUAGUUCCCAUGUUGAAGGAGCAGAGGAACAAAGUCACUCUCACGGUUAUUUGCUGGCCUGGCAGCCUGGUGUAGAUUUUGAAAUUGGUUUUGAGUCAAACAUCUUUCUUUUUUAGGUUUUGGAGAAAAAAAACCUUUUGUUUUAUUGUAUUUCUGGUUGUUAGGAGCUAUUGGCACAGCUGGUAUAUGCAGGGCCCCAAACCACUAAGAUUGUCCUUCUCUUGUUUAAGUGGUUUAACUCAAGUUAGCCACAUUUCUUUCCUCUUGGAAACAGUUUUCCACUAAUCCUAUGAGUUCAUAUUUUCAGAAUGUGACCUAUAAUAAUGAAUGAAGUUUGUCAAAACUGUGACCAGCCAGCUAGAUUCGAGGACUUCUGGUGGCUCUUUGUUUUCACUGACCGAAUCAGAUAAUGAGUUACAUGUGCCCAAGACUGGUAUCAGUGAAGACAGGAGCAUAGCAUUUGCUAUCACUGUUACUACCAAUGCCAGAAUGGGCAGAUUUUAAAUUUGGAUGGUAACCGUUUCCCAUUUUUCAUAGGUGCCAACAUUUCAAAACUGCAUACUGUUUAUAAGGUGAUUUUUCUGGCUUAUUUCUUCUUUAAUCUCUCAGUGCUCAGAGAUGAUGAAGAAAUAAUUUUGACACCACAAAAGAGAUUUAUUUAAAAAAACAUAAACAUACCUUUAUUAGAAUAUUAGAGAAUAAAAGAUAACAUUAUCCAGUGACAGGAAUUUGGGAGAUAAUUAUAGUUUAGUACUAGAGAUGUUAAAAGCUGCAUAUACUUGAACAGUACAAAAGCAUUAAAGAUUCAUUUCCAAAGAAAUGUUUUAUAUAGGAAAAUUUUGAAGCAGUUUUUGCUAAAACUAUUUUCUAGAGUUUGUAUUAUCCUUCUGUCAAUAAACCUGGCUGGAUAUGUUUUUGUGAUUUAUGCAAUUAGAUCAUAAAGAUAAAACCAUUCAAUACACACUUAUCCAACACAGCUAAGUAGGAGAAGCUAGACUUUUAAAAUUUUAUUCUGUAAGAUUCUUGAGUGUUUUAGAAACCCUUAUUUUUCACCAUUAGUCCUUUACUUAUUAUUUUUUUUUAAGUGAAAAGUUCUGUGUUGUUUUUUAAAAUCUGAAAUAGUAGAUUUUAGAUAUGAAUAUCUUUCUAUCAGUUUUUGGUCACUAGACUAUUUCAUAUUUUUUGAGAAGUUUUUGAAAGCUAUGACCAGCCCAUUAUGUUUGUCCUUUAUUCAAUAUGGUUGUCCUUCAGAAGAACACAUAAAGGUGUGAAUAAGAUAAAAAUAUCCUUACCUUUUUAAUAUUGUGCAUACUUGAAAAAAGUUUCAUUAGAAACAUAGUUCAGAAUCUGAGCUAAUUUACAAAUGACCUCUGUAAUGAAUGGUAUUGAUGAUCAGAGGAUGUAUUUCAAAAUACUACAGUGUAUUAUGAAGCAUGACCACUUUGUUUUCAAACUUAGCAAUUGCAUUGCUGUGUUCAUUGUAUUCUAGCAUGCCACUAAUUAUUCCAGUUAGUUUUAUAAUGAUUUUUUAAAAUAUAUCUCUUUUGAAUAAAUAAGAAAUGGAAUAAUUAUUACUAACUUGUUCAAUCCCUGAGCCACACUGUACUCGACAGGUAACCAACAUACAGUGGAAUGCCCCAUGCAGUAUAUUACUGUUAUGUCAUGAUUGACUUUGGAAGCAAUUUGAUACUGAAAUGCUUUGAUAUUCUAAUUGACAUGGAACAAGUUUUAUUCCUGCUCCCCAAGUAGAAUUUUGUAACCCACUUUGCUAUUUUUUUAAACGUUUUAUAAAAAUGAGUCAUUUCUUGGGGAGUGGCCAUCCAUCAACAAAUACCCUAACUGCUACUUUGUUAUAUAUAAAAUAGUUUUCACUGAACCUAGUGGUAUAAUGAGUAUUCUGAAAAGAAGAAAUACUUUUCAAUAUUAUUUUUAUUAUGGAAAUCUUGAAAUCAGCUUAAGCUAAUUUGGUUUUAUUACAAAAGAUUAUAUAGCUUUUGGUCAGAAUGAUAUUUGGUGAUGGAAAUUUAUUCAUAAUUUAUUGUUACUGUUGAAAUAUUUGAAUUUUGUCAUUUGAAGCUUAAACAGUUAAAUAUUUCUAUUUGUUCUGUGCCUUCAGUUUAAAUUAUUUCAGGAUUUUCCAGAUAUGUUUAAAUAAUGGUGUGAUGAUCAUUCUUGAUGGAAAUAAAAGUCAUCAUUUCCAUAAUA